AGUCAUGUUUAAGACCCAAAUAUAAGUCAAGCUCACAUUUGAAAAGCAUGCUCACUUUCAGUGUGUGCUGUUGGAUAGUUCGCGUCGGUUUGUUAUUAAAUCUAAAAUUAUUUUAUCAAAAUGCACCUCAUCGAGUUACUCUGCCUAAUUUUGUGUUUAAAUGUUUAUGGUAUAGAAUCGUUUAAUUUAGCUCCAAAACCAAAUCUUAUAAUCAAGGAACCAUUAAACGAAGCGCUUAAAAGUGUAAACGAUACCCAAAAGCCGGACAGUUCCUACUUCGGUUACACGAUACUUCUACGUGAGAAAAGCAUUAUAAUCGGUGCACCACGAGCCUUAACCGAAGAUGCAAUUCGUGGACCGAUUGAAACGGGUGCCAUUUACAAAUACGAUUUUGCGACCAAAAAAGUGAAGCCAUUUAAUUUGGAAAAAGUUGGGGAAUUUACGAAUUUCAUAAAUCUGCAACAAAAUACAGAGCAACAGUGGCUAGGUGGGUCCAUGGAUGGCGGCAGCAGUGAUGAGGAGCCGUUGAUUUUAUGUGCCCCGCUAAAAACAGCCACUGUGGGCUAUAAUCAAGCGUUUAUGCAUGGCAUUUGCUAUUGGACUAACAACACCCUGGAUGAUGACUUACAAGAUCGAGUUUGGCAAAUUUUAAGUCCAUUUUCCGCUAAGGGUAAGCAGGAUAGACAGGAUGUCAAAGAUGUCAGAAACAAAAAUGUACCGCUAUUUGGCGAUCUGCGAUAUGGUGAAUUUGGUUUCAGCGUGCAAUUAACGCCGAACAAUGAGGAAGUUAUAUCCGGAUCACCAGGCGUCUACAAUUGGGCAGGAACGGUAAUACACUUUAAUAUGAAGACUCAAAAACCCAAAGCGACAAAACACGCUACAGCAAUGUCAACAUAUAAAGGAUAUGCUGUGGGAUGUGGGCACUUCAAUGGCAACAAUUCGGGGAAGUUGUCUUACGUAGUUACUAUGCCAAAUGCGAACAGUGAAAGGAAAUUGGGUCAGGCACACAUUUACACUGCAUCGCUAAGUUGGGAUAAUACGUUCCACUUGCAAAGGGGAGAGUCCGGUAAUCAAUAUGGCGAGUAUUUCGGUUAUUCCCUACUGGUGGAUGACUUGAACGGUGACGGCAUCGAUGAUAUGCUCAUUAGUGCACCAUAUCGUAUAGUUAACGAUAUUUUCGAAGCGGGUGCGGUCUAUGUGUUUAUAAAUCGUGGAAAUAGACAUCAGUUGAAUUUCAAGCAAACACUGUUGGAGUCUCCGUUCUCGAGUAGUGGACACUUUGGAACUUCGUUGGGUAAACUGGGAGACAUCAAUGGUGAUGGUUAUAAAGACAUAGCCAUUGGCGCUCCCUUCGCUGGUAAUAAUGGCAAUGGGGCGGUGGCCAUCUACUUUGGUGGUCCGAACGGUCUCGAAAUUCAACCACGACAGAUAUUGAACGUGAGCGAGGACUUAGUCCGCAGUGGUGGCAUGUUCGGUCACGGCCUCUCCAGAGGUGUUGAUAUCGAUGCGAAUUCCUAUAAUCUGGCUGUCGGCGCACCAAAUGCGGAUGUGGUGUUUGUUUAUCACGCCUAUCCGGUGGUGAAGAUUAAUGCAACAGUCCAUCCAAAAAGUUUAAUAAUUCCAACAAAUACAACAAGUUUAAAAUUCGAUAUAUGCAUUAACAUUCAGACUAAUUCGACGAAGAUUCAAACACAAGAGGUGCUACUCGAUCUCAGUGUGGGUGCUGGAGAAAAGCGUAUAAAUGUGGCGCAUUGCAUUAGCAAGGACCCCUUCGUGGCGAGUUUUACUCCACAAUGUUUGCCAUGUAAUGCCACGCUCUUAUCCGAUGAUCGUUAUAUAUUUGUACCGAUAAUUAUGGAAUUUACUUAUCGUUUGAAAAAUGAUGGCAAGACGCAAAAGGACUCAGAAUUUUGCAUUGAUUGUGCAGUGGUAGAUCCUGCUUGGCCAAGCAUGGCGAAAGCUGAAAUCCACUACCUACAUAAUUGCAAGGGUUCUGUUUGCUCCGUCGAUCUGCAGUUGCAAAGUAUGGAAAUACCUGACAAUGUAGUAUUGGGCAGCGACCGCAUAUUACCACUCAAAUAUGUCAUUACCAACGUGGGCGAAGAAGCCUACAAUACCAGACUUAUCAUAAAAUCCUCCUUAAACGUGCCCAUCGCCAAAAUGCCCGCCGAAUGUAUUGGAGAUUUUGCUUGGCAUGUGAUAUGCAGCAUUGCGAAGCGUCGGGCCUUCAAAGAUUCCACAGAACUAGAGCUCAGCCUUGAUCUAAGUAAUGUAGUCGGUGCUACUGAAGUGGGUAUAAAUGCAACUGUUCAAAGUACGGGAAAUGAAAGGCAGCCAAUUGAUAACAAAUUGUUUGACAAAGUGAAACUCACAACAACAGUUGAGAUUUGGAUAACCGAGACUUCAAUGAACAAAAUUUUUGCUGUGACUGAUGGGAAAGAGAAUAUUCCGGUUUCAACGGCUUUUGAGAUACAAAAUAACGGCCCCAGUCCGUUGAGUCACUUUCACUUAAUUGUUGAUUUUCCCAUUGGAUUCAGUGGCAGCAAAUAUAUCAGCAAUUACUCAGCUUAUGCUUAUUCCAACAACUUUGAGUAUUCGCCUUUAACGUUCGACGACGUAUCUGCACCAGUGUCACCAACAACUACCGAGAUUUUAUACUUGAAUUAUUUGCCCAAAAAUCACACGACUGUCGUCAGUUGCCAGUCAACUGAAGACUUCAAGUCGAAAAUGUCAUGCGCCUUGAGUGAUUUACUGCUGACGAAUGCCUUAUACCCUGGCGAGAAUAUCACGUUGGUAUUGAACUACGAAAUGAACUGGAAAAUUGCUGAGAAGCUGUUACUGAGCAAUAACCAUUAUUUGGCCCAUGUUGCAAUGGUGAAUUUGAAGUCUGAUACACCACUAAAUACAAUCCUAAGCGUUAAAAAGCAUUUCAAAGGCGCCAUAUUUGUGAAGAUCGUUAAACGUAAUCUACUCUGGAUAUAUUUGGGCGCAAUAAUUGGUGGUAUACUCUUGCUUAUUGGAAUGAUAUUACUGCUAAGAAAGCUGGGCUUCUUUAAACGACUAACAAAGGAAGAAAUGACAAAGAAUUUGAAUGAAAAGCUUGAAAUAGCGCGCAUGAAGGAAGAUCUCGAUGUGUGUGUUGCUGAAAAAGAAGAUGAUUUAAGCAGUUCUUAGUGUGUGUUAUUCAUUAUUUAUAAAAAAAAAAAUUUAUAAAAAAUUAAGCCGAUUGUUGCUAGUGCAGACAUAACUGCCCAGGGGUUUCCGUUGCGCUAAUAAAUCUUAAAUAUCAAAAAAAUUUAAUUCUCCA